AUGCAGGGAGCCAGAGCCCCCAGGCGCCGGGGCCCCUACUCCAGGGAGAUAGGCGCUCUGGGCCGUCCCGGGGUCAUACUACUCACCUAUGCGCUGGUGACCCUGGGGCUCACCUGCCUCUUCAUGCGGUUUUCCAUCAUGCCGUACCUGACCCGGAGGCUGGGCCUGGACUCCGUCGCCUUUGGCCACCUGCAGACCACCUUUGGCACGCUUCAGCUGCUGGGCGGGCCCGUGUUGGGCAGGUUCGCCGACCGGUGCGGGGCCCGCGCCGCGUUCACGCUCACCUUCCUGGCGUCCUCUGCCUUCUACCUGCUCCUGGCGGCCGCCUGCAGCCCGGCCCUGCCCGGCGUGGCCUUGCUCUACGCCACGCCCUUGCCUGUCGCGUUCAUGCAGGGGAUGCCAGUCGCGCAGAUGACCAUCGCGGACCUGUCUGAGCCCCAGGAGCUGCCCGCGGCCCUGGGCCGCCUCGGCCUGUGUUUCGGGGUCGGCAUGAUCUUUGGCUCACUGCUCGGCGGGACGCUGAGCGCCACGUGCGGGAUGCACUGCCCCGCGACUGUGGCUCUGGUGGCCAACCUCAUGGGAGCUGUCCUCAGCUUUACCUUUAUCCCCGUUAGCACGAAAGGGGCCAGUGCCCACGACCGGGCGGUCCCCGCAGGCUGACCCCAGGCCAACGUGUUUGACCUGAAGGCCAUCACCCGCCUGCUGCUGCAGUCAGGGGUCCUGCCCGUGUUCCUCAUCAAGGUGGCGUCCAGCCUCCCAUUCGGGCUCUUCAUGGUCAUGUUCCCCAUCGUCUCCAUGGACUUCUUCCAGCUGGAUGCCGCCCAGGCCGGCUACCUCAUGUCCUUCUUCGGGCUUCUCCAGAUGGUCAUUCAGGGCCUGGUCAUCGGGCGGCUCAGCCGUCGCUUCUCGGAGAGGGCGCUGCUCCGGGCCAGCGUGCUGGGCCUCGUCCUGGUGGGACCGGCCAUGGCACUGAUGUCCGACGUCCUCCACUUCCGCCUCGUCAGCCUGUGUGCCCUCAACGUGGUCACCGACAGCGUGCUGACCAAGGCUGUGUCAGCCGCAGACACGGGGACCAUGCUGGGCCUCUGUGCCACCGUGCAGCCGUUGACUCAGACCCUGGGGCCCACCCUGGGCGGCGUCCUGUACCGCAGCUUUGGGGUCCCCGUCUUUGGCCACGUGCAGUUUGCCAUCAACCUCCUUGUCUUCCUCGUGCUCUGGAGACAGCCUGUGCCCCGGAAGAAGGACUGAGUCCGGUGACCAGUGGCCCCAGGGCACAGACUGGCAAUAAACUCUUCCAGCCUGA